AUGUCGCGAACUCUGCCCAAGAAGUUUAACCCGCUUAUCCUCACGGAAGUGGCUCCCUCUUAUGAGGAGCUUCUUGCGCGCCGUCGUUUGGGAAAGACGCACCUCUCCGUUCGACCUACUCAGAUUGGUACUUCGAAUGCCACCAAGCCCGAGAACCUGGGCGUCUUCGAAUACGCUCACCUUCGCGCUCCGCUGCCCAAGGAUCUGAAGGGCUCUGAGAUUUUCCCAUCCCACACCUCUCAGCAGCACCCCGAGACCUACUUUUUGAUGCGUCGCAGCAAGGACGGAUUUGUCAGUGCCACUGGAAUGUUUAAGAUCGCGUUCCCAUGGGCCAAGGCCGACGAGGAGAAGGUCGAGCGCGACUACUUGAAAGCUCGCGAAUACACCAGCGAGGAGGAAGUCGCUGGCAACGUGUGGAUCUCUCCCAUGUUUGCUCUUGAGCUCUCCAAGGAAUACAAGAUGUACGAUUGGGUCCGCGCCCUUCUGGACCCUACCGAUAUUGUUCAGAGUCCAUCCAGCGCAAAGAAACAGAUCACUCCCCCGCCCAAAUUCGAAAUUCCAGAUGACGAACCUGAAAUGCCCCAGCGCCGUCGCGGUCGCUCCGCCUCUCCUAGUAAGCAGUCACCUCGCAAGUCUCGCACCACUCGUGUUGGCAAGGAUAUUUUGGGAACUCCUUCUACGAACGCUGCCAACGCUAGCCUUCACUCUGCUCUUGAGAUCACCGCAUCUGGUAUGGACACUGAAGCGGUCCCUGAACUAGCACCCGCGCAAGGCGAGACACAAGUCAAGUCUACUGGAUCCCCAUCGAAGAAGUCAAGGAGCAAGAAGAUCGCCAUCCCCGAGGAGCCCGAGGAAGAGGUCAAGGAGGAGAAGGAAGUGACCAAGGAAGAGAAGAAAGAAAAGAAGAAGGAGGAGAAGAAGGCUGAGAAGAAGGCCGAAAAGAAAAUUGAGAAGAAGAGCGAGCAGAAUGAUGAGGUCAAGGACAAGGAAGAGGAGGCAAUUCCUUCAGUGGAAGUCGAUGCCCCGGAAGUGAAGACCACUGAGACCACCGUCACCCUUGACAUGCCCAUCAGCCUUCCCGACGUCCCGUCCGCUGCUGAGACGGAAGCAAUGAUCGCCCAGGCUAAGGGAAUGGUUGAAGAGGCCAUUAAAGCCCAAGCUAGUGGUGCUGUCGAGCCAGAGUCCGUCAAAGUGACAAAGAAGCGCAAGCCCGAGGAAGAUGACGAGGAAACCUCGGCCGAGUCCACUCAGCGGGCCAAGAAAGCCAAGGUCCUUGAAAACAAGCUCCGGGAGGAGCGGGUUCGCAACCGCUCUAUCUUCGGUGUUUCUGUGGCCUUCGCUCUUGCUGCUUCAAUUCCCUACUUCCUUUAA